CAACAAUUGUGAAUUAAAAAGAGAAUAUUGUGAAUAUAUGUCAGAAUAUGACACAUGAGUGAAAUUAAGGAUGUGUGUAAUACUGAUCAAGUAUGUUUUUACCUUCCUCAUCAUGAGGUUAUUAAGAAAAGUACAACUAAACUUCAAAUUGUGUAUGAUGGUUCAGCAAAAUCAGAUUCUGGUGUGUCUGUGAAUAAAUUGCAAUAUGUGGGAGCCAGAAUACAAGAAGAUCUAAUUUCAAUUUUAUUAAGAUUUCGACAAAAUAGUGUUGCAAUUUGUGGAGAUAUUGUGAAGAUGUACAGACAGGUGUGGAUAAAGCAAGAACAUAGUCCAUUUCAAAGGAUAUUGUGGCGUUCUAAUCCAGCUGAUGAGGUUCGGGAACAUAAUCUGAACACAGUGACCUUUGGUCUGGCAUCGAGUCCAUUUUUAGCUGUAAGAUGUUUGAAACAAUUGCCGUUAGAAUGUGGUGAACAUUUCUCUGAGGUUUCACAGGUAAUAGCUCGUGACUUUUAUGUAGACUAUUUGAUCUUUGGAUCAUCGUCAGUACAAGAAGCUGUUAAUUUGUGCUAGCAAUUGUCAAAUGUGUUACGAAGUGCUGGUUUUGAAUUAGGGAAAUUUAAAUCUAAUCGAAAGGAG